AUGCGCUCUCCACGGCUGCCCUUGCGGGCUCUAUGUAUCGCGUCUGCGUUUUCGACUGCUCUGGCCGCUACUGGCGGCACGUUUGAGGAGGGAGGUAACACGCUGGUCAGCGCGAUGAUGAUGUUCCUUGGAAAUGAACAAAGCGUGUAUAUCCUCGACAAGGCGGAGGGCAAUGCCGCCCAAGUGCUAGGACACCCCGCGUGGGGUUCGGUAUGGGAUAUCAAGACGCGCAGGGCGGUCGUAAUGGACAUCAAAACCAACUCGUUCUGUGCAUCUGGCAUGCAUCUUCCCAACGGUUCCUAUGUGACGUUCGGAGGGAAUGACGCAGUGGGGCAGAACGGUGUUGCGGGGUCACAGAAGAACCCCGACGGAACGGGUGCCUGGGACUCGUACUAUCAAGACUUCGACGGCCGCAGAGCCAUUCGCAUCGUCACCCCUUGUACGAUCACCGACACUCUCAACUCGGGACCGUGUGCGUGGUAUGAUGAGCCCACCCAGCUGUCCAUGAGGCGUGAGCGGUGGUACUCGGCGGCAGAGGCAACGGGUGAAGGGGAGGUUGUGAUCAUCGGAGGCUUCGUCAGAGGAGGCUUCGUCAAUCGAUGGGUUCCGAACGUCGAUCCAGCAACAUCAGACGGCCAGGCCGACCCGACAUACGAGUACUAUCCUCCACGAUCCGGCGAGCCCAGGACCUUCGAUUUCCUCAUCAAGACCUCUGGCCUCAAUUCCUACGCACACACAUAUCUGAUGCCUUCAGGAAGGAUCCUGGUUCAGGCAAAUUUGUCGACUACCCUUUGGGACCAUAACACCAAUGUUGAGACGCCACUACCUCCUAUGCCCAAGGGCGUCGUGCGGGUAUACCCUGCGUCGGGCGCUACGACUAUGUUGCCUCUCACCGUCGCCAACAAAUACACCCCGACCCUUUUGUUUUGUGGUGGCUCGGAUAUGCCCGAGGCUGACUAUGGCGACUAUGGAGGCCCCUACACCGAUGUCUGGACAGUCACCGCUUCCAAGGAUUGCCAGCGGCUCACCCCUGAACCAUCUGACGGGUCAGCAGUUGCCUACGAGCAGGACGACGACCUGCCCGAAGCACGGACGAUGGGCCAGUUCAUCAACCUACCCAACGGCAAGAUCCUCGUCCUCAACGGCGGCGAGAAGGGCCUUGCGGGCUACUCUCUGGGCACCCGAACCACCCCUAAUCUCGCCGACAUGCCCUUCGGGCCGUCGCUCUGUACAGACCCCGUACUCACGCCCGCCAUCUACGACCCUACUGCCCCCAGAGGCAGCCGCUGGUCAAACGCGGGCUUCGGUGCUUCGAAGAUCCCCCGCCUGUACCAUUCCACGGCGGUGCUUCUCCCCGAUGGAUCUGUCUUCAUCGCAGGUUCCAACCCCAACCCCGACGUCGACCUCAGGGCGUUCUACCCCACCGAAUACCGAUCCGACAUUUUCUAUCCAUCAUACUUCGAUGCCCCUAUCCGCCCCGCGCCCCUGGGGGUUCCGAAGACCCUGUCGUAUGGAGGACAGUACUUCGACAUUACGAUCCCCACGAAUUCGUAUGAAGGGUUGGCGAAUGAUGCUGCUGAGGCGACGACGGUGUAUAUCCUCCGCAGUGGGUUCACGACGCACGCGAUGAACAUGGGCCAGCGCUCGAUGGAGCUCGCGACUUCGUACACCGUCAACAAGAACGGCACCAUCACCUUGCACGUCGCCCAGCCUCCGCCGAACCCAAAUCUGUUCCAGCCCGGCCCCGCACUUCUGUUCGUCAACAUCAAGGGAAUUCCCAGCAAUGGCACCUACGUGAUCGUCGGGAACGGACGCAUCGGCACCCAACCCACCUCCGCAGAGAGCGUCCUCCCCUCGAGCACGCGCCUCGACGGCGUCUCUUCCUCCUCCGGCACCUCAGGCAGCGACGACACCUCCGGAUCGACUUCGGCGAACAACGACGAGGGCGAGAAGAAGAUGAGCACCGGCAUGCUGAUCGGCGUCAUCGUGGGCGCUGCGGCCAUCGUCGCUGUCCUCGCCGCCAUCAUCGGGAUCAUCAUCGCCCGCCGCCGGCGUGCUGCUGCCCGCUCAGCACCCUCCUUCGCGAUGGAGCCUGCCGGGCUCAAGCCCAUGGCCGUCGGUGCUGGUGCGGGCGGCUGGAGCUCGUCAGCAGCGGACACGGCCGUGUUCACACCUCUUCAUAAGAGUGAGAACGACGCGUGGGACGCGAGCACGGCGAACCUCCAUGCGCCGUAUAACACCCCAUACGGCGGUGGGUACAGGGACGACGUGUCGUCGAUGAACACGCGGGGAAGCAGUGCGUAUGACCAGCCGUACGAUCCGUAUGCGCAGCACCCGAUGCCCAUCCACGCUGAGACGCACGGAGCACCGAACCCUAACAUGAAGGAGUUCCGGUAG